GUGUGUGUGUGUGUGUGAGUGUGAGCGUGUACUCAUAUAUGUAUCUGAUACGUACAUGUCGUUGGCGGUAUAGUUAUCUAUAUAAAUAAUUAUGUAUCUAUAUAUUUAACACAUAAUCUCCCCUCGCGAUUUACGAUAAUUAUAAUAUUUAUACCUCUCCCGCGCUCUCUUGUCUCUGUCCUCUCUCCAUAUAUUGUUAUAAUCCCCAAGCUUCUUCUUGGAUUCUUCGUCUUUGCUCGUCCCGCUAAAAUAUUCAAUGUUCCCUGCCCGUCAAAUUUCAAACUCGCUGUUUACCGUUGACCAGAUUUUUUAGCUCCACAUCCUCCUUUCCCUCUUUUCUCCAAUUCUUAACCCAACCUUCCUCUCCGAAGGUUAGAUAUUGAAUACCUAAGGUUCAAGGACAUUUCUUGACACUUUCUCUUCUUCUUGAAUCUGGCUGCGAGCACCUCUCUACUCUCUUACCUCUUAGCCUCGUCCGUACCUUCCUAUUUGUUUUCGGAGGUCCCAUCGAUUACAUCAACUACCCCCCUCCCCCAACAACUCAUCUCUCAAUUCGGAAGAAUUGUCCAAUUCGAUCCUUCGCACACCUUUCAAGCUUCCCAACAAUGUCGACAGCUAUUCAAGGCCAGCAAGGCAACUUAGAUCGAUAUGUGGUCAUCCACGUUGCUACCACUUGUGAUGAGCAUGGCGUUUACGUUACCAAAGAUUCCGCGGAGGUGAUAGAGCUUGGGUGGAUUUUACUCGACGCGAAGACUUGUGACGAGCUUCACCGAGAGAGCGUUCUUGUCAAGCCCAUCAACACUCCAAUUACUCCUCUAUGUACGAGCUUGACUACUCUUACUUGGGAACAUGUUCGUACUGCAGGUACCUUCCGCGAUGCGAUCAACCGAUUCGAUACAUUUGCUGCCGAGCACCUCACAUCUCAAAAUCUCGACUUUUCUUUUGUUACACUUGAUUCAUGGGAUCUUCGAGUCCAGCUUCCCCGCGAAGCUCGUGACAAAGCUGUUGUGCUGCCUCCAUAUUUACAGCAUUCGAGAACUUUUGACCUUCGAACUGAGUACCAAAGAUGGCAACAACAUCACCCUGAAUCUCUGCCAUUCGGACCAUCUAUGCUUUCAAAUAUUUGCGCGGCGUUGGAAGUUGAACCUGUUCAAGCUAGUGCUCCAAUCAAGCACAACCUUCCGUUCCACCUCCAAGCUUUGGCCCCGGCCUCCCCUCGUCGUGCAAUGGAAGAGGCGGUUACACUUGCUAGAGUCCUCAGAGGGUUGAUCCGCAAGUCACAACCUCCUCAUGAACAUCCUGAUGUCCUCACUAGACCUAUGGAUGCCCGUGCUGAUGUUAGAGCUUUUCUUUCGGAGCGCAGCAAAGUUCUCCACAUGUCAGGACUCCCUCAUGACACCACUCAAUCUGAGCUCGAGAGCUGGUUCACCCAAUUCGGUGGUCGUCCCAUUGCUUUUUGGACCCUCCGAACUCCAGAUCAACACAAGCCUACUGGCUCUGGAUUCGCAGUAUUUUCAUCCCAUGAAGAGGCCGCCGAAAGUCUCUGCAUGAACGGACGAGCUCUCAAUGAGAAAGCUAUCGAGGUUUCACCAUCUUCAAGCCGCGUUCUUGACCGUGCUGCAGAAAUUCUUACUCCUUUCCCACCUAGCAAGAACAGACCUCGCCCCGGAGAUUGGACAUGUCCAUCAUGUGGUUUCUCUAACUUCCAGCGUAGAACUGCUUGUUUCCGAUGCUCAUUCCCAGCCAUGGGUGGUGGCCCAGCUGCUGAGAUGGGUGGUGGAUAUGGCGGCGGCGGUGGUGGUUACGGCUAUGGUCCACCAGCAAUGAUGCCCCCUCCACAACACAUGGGCCAUCACGGAGGUAUGGGAGGGGGCCACGGAGGAGGAAGAAUGGGAGGUGGUGGUGGUGUUGUUCCCUUCCGUGCCGGUGAUUGGAAAUGCGGAUCUGAAGGGUGUGGUUACCACAACUUUGCCAAGAAUGUCAGCUGUUUAAGAUGUGGCGCAAGUCGUGCUGGUGCCGCUGUCGUUGCCGAUUCUGGUUAUCCUUCCCCAAUGGACGCUGCGAACAACUAUAGCAUGGGUUCCAACUCCAUGGCUGGUACACCUGGUCCAGGUCCUUUUGCCUCAGCUGCUGGUGGCUUCGGUCCAUCCGGUGGUUAUGGUGGUCAACACUUUGGUGGCCCACCUAGCACUUAUGCUCUUCCAUCCGGUCUCGGCGCACCAACUGGUUCAUACCCAUCAUUGAAUACUCACUUCGGUCCUGCAACUGGCGUUCACUCUGCAGGCGCAGGAGGAUUUGAUAGCCGAUCUGCAGAGGCAGCAUUCCAAUCAGCCAGCAACGGUCCAGCAUCCGCAGGGCCUUCAAAUAACUUCUAUGCUAACCAAGGUGAAAGUGAUCCAUUCGCUUUCCUUUCAUCUGGAAUCAACAACUUGUCUAUGGGUAGCGGUGAUGCUCGUCAAAACGGUGCUGCUGCUCCAAGCAAAUCUCCAGCUUAAGGCGUUCUUGAUAAUUGCGCUCAUCUUUUUCCAUUUAUGCGUUUCGACUAUCUCUUCUGUGACUAUAUUUCAGGACGGCUUUGGGGUUUGAAUGAAAGAUAGACAUUUAUCGGUCGGGGCUUUGUGGAUUUGUUACAAUGGUUUAUAAGGUGGAUUUAGCGCAUACAUGGGUGGUUGGGAUGGGUAGUCGGUUGGAUCGGUAGCGGUAUAAAGAAAAUGGUAGGGAAAAUUUACAUGAUGUGGAAAAUUGACA